AUGGCCAAUUACGUUUCCUCAAAAUGUACUCCUACCGUAUUUGCAUCACCAAAUUUCGAUGCAAAAGAAGAUGCUAUUGCUCUUAAAAAGGCAAUGAAAGGCUUUGGAUGUGACCAAAAAGUCAUAAUUGACGUGAUCGCAAAUCGAGGAGUUGUGCAGCGCAUUGAAAUUGCAGAGGCCUUCAAGACAUUGUAUGGAAAGGAUCUGAAAAAAGAAUUAAAAAAUGAACUAAGUGGACACUUCGAGGACACCGUGUUGGCCAUGAUGACGCCACUUCCGGACUUGUAUGCAAAGGAGUUGCAUGACGCUAUCUCCGGAAUAGGCACCCACGAGGAAGUGCUCGUUGAGAUAUUGUGUACCUUGAGCAAUUUCGGUGUACGGACAGUAUCCGAAUGUUAUGAAAAACUUUACGGACAUAAUCUCGAGAAGGAUAUUAAAGGUGAUACAUCGGGCCAUUUCAAACGUCUUUGCGUAUCUUUAAGUAUGGGAAAUCGAGAUGAAACGCCUACUGUUGAUGAGAACGCGGCACGUAUAGAUGCCGAGGCUUUGUACAACGCAGGAGAAAAAAUAAAAUGGGGCACUGACGAAUCUGAAUUCAACAGGAUUUUGGUUACUAAAAGUUACCAGCAUUUGAGGCGCGUAUUUGUAGAGUAUGAAAAAUUGGCUUCUAAGGACUUGGAAGAAUCAAUCAAAAGCGAAUUUUCUGGAGAUAUUUGCAUGGGCCUACUGUCCCUGGUGAAGUGUGUGAAGAGUAAAGUCGACUUCUUCGCUGAGCGUUUACACAAGAGUAUGGCCGGCUUGGGAACAGAUGACAAAACUCUUAUAAGAAUUGUCGUGUCUAGAUCCGAAAUCGACCUAGGAGACAUAAAACAAGUGUUCGAAAAGAAGUACGGUAAAAGUUUGGAGUCGUGGGUAACCGGAGAUACCUCUGGAGACUACAGGAAAUUAUUGUUAAAAAUUAUUGCUUAA